UUCAGAUGCUAAAACUAACUUGAACUAAUUUUAUCGUUGAAGCUUCAUCAAGUCUUACCGGUAGUCUGUUGUCACAACACUUAACGUAACACUGAGAUUCGCCAAUGUUGUUCCUGAUGGAGGACUGAUUCAGUCCUAACAUCCUGCUUUCUUCGUCAACACUCCAUUAAUCUAGCAGAUGACAAGGAAAUACAAUGAGUAACCUGGAACGGAGGUCACGGUCGCCAAGAAAUGAAAAGAUAGUUAUCUGCGACAUGUCUGGCGGCUGUUGGUAGAUAUGAGGCGUUCCUUAGCUUUGAGUCACUGGCAGCGCUAUUCACCACCGUCAGUCAGGGGAAGAACUUCUCUGUAUUCAUUCCAAGUAGAAACAUUUGCAAAACCGUGGCAGUAUCAAUGGUCUCAGUGUCCCGCUAGGGAGUCAGUGGGAGUCAUGAUACAGAAGCAACAGUUGUCCUUGGACUGUCUUCUAUCAUUCCUGGUGACCCUGUGUCUGGUUUUCCCUCAACAUGGCCUCGGCAGGGACGCCCUUCCACUCUUAAAGGUUCCCCAACCGGUCUGAAAACAACAAAGUUAGUGUUUUAUUACAGCGAAGGGAAAACUUUCAAUCAUUGCAUUGUGGCACCUUUGGUUAGCAGCCAAUUACUAACCUUCAUUACCUUAAUAGGCUUGUCGAGAUAACAGCCAAAUGGUCUAAUUCUGUUCAAAAACACGAAAGUUUGUUUUCCAUUGAAGUUGACACGAAACAUGGAAUAUUACACCUGUCCACCAUGUGACCACUGGUGCAUAACAGCUACAGAAGUAUACACAAAUCCCUGCUGAUACAACUGGAUACUUUCCUAAGCCUUGCAGUGUGAGCACCUUUAUGGCUGCCAGGCAUUUUGUAAACACAAGAAGUCUUGCCUGGCUUAAGAGUUCGUACGGAUCAUUCUCAGGUAGGCAGGUGUAACAAUGGAUCCAGGUGGUGUGCAACCCAGGCCUGAAUCCGCCCAUUCUGAAAGGUACACAUACAUGUCCAAACUCAAGGGCCAGACAAAGGAGGCCCCCCUGGAGACCAACCCCCCUACUUACGAAGAACACGUGAAACGUCGUACAGGCCAGAGCACCCCCUCACCCACCAAUACUUCACUCACACUGGGCCAGGGGGCACCAGAUGGCAAUAUUCUGCAUCAGGAAGACCAUGAAGGCAGGGGUGCAGAGAGUGAGGAGGAGGGCUACCUGAAGCCAACCCUUUCUAGGAAAACUGCGGCAGUGAAGCCUGCUCCUCGAGUAGAAGGAGGGACACAGAUGGAGAUGGCUGUACUACAAAAUCCUGCACAUGUCGGUAGGCAGGAGGCUGGACAAAGCCUCGGACAAAACGCUACGGUCAUGAUGCACGGACAGGAUAUUUUGAGAGUCACAGGCCAGUUGCAACCUGUUCCCAUGGGACUGCUACUUCGAGAGAGGCAAGGUGUGCCAAACAGCACACCUGCAGCACCUGAUGGACACCUGAUUCUACAGCAGCCGAGGGACAGGAGAAGCCUGCAGGGUGUGGAGAAUGUAGCCUAUCAUCAGUACGAGGAACUGCCUAACAGGGAGGUAGACCUUGGGGGUGUGGUCCUGGGGGUAGGAGGACAGGGAGGGGGGUCUGACGGCCCACAGGAGUCCCCCUACGCACAGAUUGGAGAGUUGGAGAGGACUUCGAAGAGAAAGCCCAACCCCCUGUACAUAUCAGGCAGACCAGCCCGGCGCAGGAGUAUAGAGAAGGGCCCCGGUGGUUGGUGUGGCCGGUGUCAGGACCAGUGGAGAGGCUACCUCAUCCCUGUUCUACUGUUCCUCUUUUGUGUGGUCGCCUUACUGCUGGCCUUACUCGCCCUCACAAAUGCAGUCUCACCACAAGGUGCUGCUGACCAGGGAGCGGAUCCAGGUGGCACAGCUGCGCAGACAGGUGACACCUGGAACACGUCAGUCCUGACCAGCCAGCUGGCAGCUGCACUGGACAGGAUACAGCACCUGGAGAUGCAGAAUCAGCAGCUUGUUGCACAGCUCAGUGUCCUGGACAAUCAGACCAUGGUCAGACAAGAUGACUUACAAAAUCAGCUGACUGAGCUGGAAAGGAAGCAGGACAUGAACCUGCAAAACCUGACCUAUGCAGUGGGAAGGCAAGAUGAAGUGCUCCAAGCCACUGUACAGCAGAUAUCUGCAGUGCGUGACUCUCUACAGACAGACCUGAGCCGGCUGAACUCCAGCGUGAUGGAGGAACUGGACACAGUCAGCAAGAUGGAGGGUCCAGAGGGACCACGUGGGUUCAACGGCAGCCAGGGGGCUCAGGGACCACGUGGGCCAGUUGGUUCAGCAGGGCCUUCUGGAGUGUCCAGGUUGGAUGAGUGUGAGUUCUGGGACCACAGCAGCAGCUCUGACUUUCUGGCACAGACAGAACUGGACUGGCUCAGGCCAGAAGCAAACCACACCAUGCUGGGCGUCCACUGUGCCACGGAGGGAGGGACUUACACACAGCUGGAACACAGAACCCAGCAACAGGGAGUGUCUGAGUACAGAUGUGUUUGCUACGGACGGAUAAAUGAUGACUUCUCAAAUCGCAGGUGUACAAUCAACUGGUGGCAGUGUCCCACUACAUAGCAUCACUCGUGACCUUUGCAGAACAGAACAAGACUAUAGACCGGUUGCAAUAUUGUUUCUUUUGUUUUUUACACAACUGAUCUUGUCGUAGAAUUGCACUAUGAUUUGAUGUUUUUAUCUGCAGUGUGAUGUCUUAAUGUAAUACAUGUUGUCAGUGGCAUGUUAACAAUGAUUCCAACUUACUUGCCAAAAUGUAAACACAUUGUGAAUAUAUUCAAUCUUGCCAGUAUGUAUGUAAUUGAUAUAUGUACAUUAUGCAUGCAAUACAUAUAAAUGUAUUUUGUGUAAAAAGUGGGAUACCACAGAAUUCUUGAAAGUUUCUAUGUAUUAUUGAAUUGUAACUCACCAAAAUGCCCAUUAAUGAAACAUGUAGUAAAUUGUAACAGAUUAAUUGCUAGAAAGGCAAGAACAAACAACAAUUCCACAACAAUUAUGAUGCAUGAAAUGUAUUUUAUUGGAAGGUCUAGGGAGUUCCUCACCUGUUUGUUGCGUAGAUAAUAAUUGCUGGAAAUGUUAUUUGAUUACCGUAGUACCGCUAUCAGGGAGCAGUGUUGUUAACUUGGUAUACUUACACACAGAGUGAUGUUGCAGUAUAUCUCAUGCCAAAGAGCAAAGAGAAAGUGAAUCAUGUUCUACAUCUCAUGUCAUGACCAGAUACUGGUUCAUCAAUUGAAUUCAGAGUCACAAACAUUUAAUGUUAAUGUGUUGAACUGCCAAGAGUUAAAUCUCUCAGAACUACCAUAAUAAAUGACACAGCUUCUGUAGCCUCAUACAAUUUCAAACAAUACUGUGAAAAUAUUUGUCCUUUAGAUGUACAUACUUUUACGUAUAUUUUCAAUCAUCAGAUGUGAGUCAAGACCGACAGGCUUUACCUUUGCACAAGGAUGACAACUGACUCGUUUAGAAUGCAGCCUAUCAAAACGACAAAUAGACUUACACAAAAACCAUGUCUUUCUGAAAGAAUGGUACAUAUUAAAUAAGGAAUCUUUUUUUCAACAUCAUAAAUAAUUGGAAUACACCAGA